CUUCCUUCUCCACUUCUUUUCCGCCUCCGCCUCUUCUUGGCUCCCGCGGCGCCAGCGCCUUCCCCUGGCCCAGGCGGGGACCUCGGCUCCCUGCAGAGCUCUCCGUGUCAGUGGGGGACAUUUCGUUCUGUCGGACAAGCAGCCCCUGAGCUGGGCGAGAGGUGCCAAGGGAGCUUCUGUCCCGAGGACCGGGGGAUGCGAAGGGAUUGCCCCCUGUGGGUCACUUUCUCAGUCAUUUUGAGUUCAGCCUAAUAAAAGACUGAGGUUAUGAAGUCGAUCCUAGAUGGCCUUGCAGAUACCACCUUUCGCACCAUCACCACAGACCUCCUCUACGUGGGCUCCAAUGACAUUCAGUACGAAGACACCAAAGGUGACAUGGCAUCCAAGUUAGGAUACUUCCCACAGAAAUUCCCUUUAACUUCCUUUAGAGGAAGUCCCUUCCAAGAGAAGAUGACUGCGGGAGACAACCCCCAGCUAGUCCCAGCAGACCAGGUGAACAUUACAGAAUUUUACAACAAGUCUCUGUCGUCCUUCAAGGAGAAUGAGGAGAACAUCCAGUGUGGGGAGAACUUCAUGGACAUAGAGUGCUUCAUGGUCCUGAACCCCAGCCAGCAGCUGGCCAUUGCAGUCCUGUCCCUCACACUGGGCACCUUCACGGUCCUGGAGAACCUCCUGGUGCUGUGUGUCAUCCUCCACUCCCGCAGCCUCCGCUGUAGGCCCUCUUACCACUUCAUCGGCAGCCUGGCGGUGGCAGACCUCCUGGGCAGCGUCAUUUUUGUCUACAGCUUCAUUGACUUCCACGUGUUCCACCGCAAAGAUAGCCGCAACGUGUUUCUGUUCAAACUGGGUGGGGUCACAGCCUCCUUCACUGCCUCCGUGGGCAGCCUGUUCCUCACGGCCAUCGAUAGGUACAUAUCCAUUCACAGGCCCCUGGCGUAUAAGAGGAUUGUCACCAGGCCCAAGGCCGUGGUGGCAUUUUGCCUGAUGUGGACCAUAGCCAUUGUGAUCGCCGUGCUGCCUCUCCUGGGCUGGAACUGUGAGAAACUGCAAUCUGUUUGCUCAGACAUUUUCCCACACAUUGAUGAAACCUACCUGAUGUUCUGGAUCGGGGUCACCAGCGUGCUGCUUCUGUUCAUCGUGUAUGCAUAUAUGUAUAUCCUCUGGAAGGCUCACAGCCACGCAGUCCGCAUGAUUCAGCGUGGCACCCAGAAGAGCAUCAUCAUCCACACGUCCGAGGACGGCAAGGUACAGGUGACCCGGCCGGACCAAGCCCGCAUGGACAUUAGGUUAGCCAAAACCCUGGUCCUGAUCCUGGUGGUGUUGAUCAUCUGCUGGGGCCCUCUGCUUGCGAUCAUGGUGUAUGAUGUCUUUGGGAAGAUGAACAAGCUCAUUAAGACAGUGUUUGCAUUCUGCAGUAUGCUCUGCCUGCUGAAUUCCACCGUGAACCCCAUCAUCUAUGCUCUGAGGAGUAAGGACCUGCGACAUGCUUUCCGGAGCAUGUUUCCCUCUUGUGAAGGCACUGCACAGCCUCUGGAUAACAGCAUGGGGGACUCAGACUGCCUGCACAAACACGCAAACAACGCAGCCAGUGUUCACAGGGCUGCAGAGAGCUGCAUCAAGAGCACGGUCAAGAUUGCCAAGGUAACCAUGUCUGUGUCCACAGACACGUCUGCCGAGGCUCUGUGAGACUGAUGCCUCUCUGGCAGCACAGGAAAAGAAUUUUUUUUUUUUUAAGCUCAAAAUCUAGAAGAGUCUGUUGUCUCCUCGGUUAUAUUUUUUUAAUUUUACCAUGCUGAGUGAAAAGGUGAUUGUCACCAUGAUCACUUAUCAGUUUGCUAAUAUUUCCGUAGUUUAGGUACUCAAACUCCAUUCUCCAGGGGUUUGCAGUGAAGAAAGCCUGUUGCUUAAGUGACUGAACGAUCCUUCAAAGUCUCAGUGAAAUAGGAGGGAAAACCUUUGGCUACACAAUUGGAAGUCUAAGUACCCAUUGAAAAAUGCCAUCAAAUGAGUAAUGCCUUUGUAACCACAACUUUCAUUAUAAUGUGAAAUGUGACUGUCCAUAGUAUCAGAGAUGUCCAUUUUUACAACCAUUAUAAUACUAAAGUAGAGAUAUUUUGUAAAGUGUAUUAUGUCCUGUGAGAUGUGUAUCAGUGUUUACUACGUGUUAUUAAUAUUUGUUUAGUUCAGCAAGACUGAAAGGUAGACUUUUAUGAGAACAAUGGACAAGCAGUGGAUAUAUGCCAAUGAGAACACUUUUUUUUCUACAUUAUUCCCUGUGAUACAACUUUAGAAAUAAACCUUAAUAUUUCUUCAAAUAUCUCUAUUUAAUUUUGACACUGAAAUAACCAUAAAUAUUUAUUUUUCUGUUACCUCGACAAGAAGAAUUUGAAGACUUCAAAGUAUUGAGCAGAAUUCACUCAUACUUAAAAAUUUAUUAGUUCUGCAUUUUCAUAGGAAGAUACUUAUUAUCUUCUGGACUAUAGCUGUUCUAAUGGAUUAUAAUCAGAACGGAAGAGAGAAAACAUAUUGACUUUUUUGAGUGACAUCUCUGACUUUCUUUAGUCUUUAGCUAUUACUGGAUCUCUUAAGACAGCAUGUGUUAAUGUAUAUUGUUAUCACUGUGCAGUUGCUGUUUACUUGAAUAGUAUUGUGUUCCUAUAUUCCAGGUUUAAGUAGAUUUCAUGCCUGGGUGGCCAAACAACAGUCAUUUUUUUUUAAUUGAAAAGAAGUAUUGUCUGGAUCAGUAAAAUUAUACUGUGUGUGAGUGUGAAUAUAAAUGUGUGUGUGUUUCUCUUCCGUAACUGUUACAGUAAUGUUAUAAAGUGAGAAAACUGUGACCCAGUAUAAACUGUUGCCACUUGCUGCACUCUUGCACAUGAAUUCGGUUCUAAAAUGGAGUUCUUCCUGGAACCUUGUUGAUAAAAAUACUCACUAUAACCAUUCAAAAAAUUCACCCCAUCCCUGCUUAAGAGAUUGGAUCAAGUAUUACUAAAUUGACCUUUAGAUAUUAAAUAAGACCAGUGUUUAACAAGAAAUAAUGACAGAUAUCCAAGUAAAGCCUGCAUUUAUAGUGUUAUUAUCAGGAAAAGAGAAUACUUUGGUUUCUGAGUGCCUGAUAUUGAGCAAGGUGUUAGUCACUAAAAGGAAGAUAGUUCUCCAAAAAAAAAAAUGUAAAAUUUUUCAAUUGUGUGUGUAGGUAGUGUGCACUAUAUACAUCAUGUUUAAGUAGGACUGUCACACGCAGCCCAUGUGGCUAAAAAGGCUGAGUCAGACAGUAGAUGAGUCUAGAUAUGCUUCUUCUGUGCUUUGCCCACAUGCCUUUGGUGACAGCCGAGCACCCAACUUUGUCUUGGUAUGUUUGGGCUAAGGAACAGACCUCUCCUUUGCUCAUGGUCAGCAAGAUAUACUAAAGCAUGAAGAUAAACACAGCUUCUUUCUUAUACCCCAGUCUCAUACUCCUUAAUGAUGCAAUGGGUGCUCAUUGUUGGGCCUUUUUCUAGUAAGGAAUGAUACUGCUGAAGAAGCUACUCAACCCUGAUAACUUUUAUUUAUAAUCUCUUCUUAUACAGAUAAAGCAUGACUCCCGCAAGGCCCCAAUGUCUACAUAGUGUGAAGUAGAGAGCUGGCAUCUAUCUGGUGAUUUCCAGCUCUCAAGAUACCCAAGCAGCCUGAUGGGGUAGUUCCCCUUCUUGCAGUUCACUCUCUAAGGCAGGAUGUGGCCUGUGAGUUACUUUGCAUUGCCUGUCUGAACACUUUGAAUCUGUCUGCUGGUUCCCUUAUUUUACCUCUCUGUGAUGUGCGGAUGAGGGCUCAGGGUGCUAGAGAAUUAAUAAGAUCUCUUUCAAAGGAGAGAUUAUUUACAAGUUUCCAUUUAAGAUUGCCAGUCUUUUGUCCUGCCUCAUCUGGAAUAUUAAUCCACACGUUUCAGAGCUCACCAGGCAGUACCAAUGUUCUUUUCACGGCUAUGAAGAGCUAGUAGAGGUGAAAUUCUUGUUAUGGUAUAAAAAUUUUAGGAUUCACUUUUGAAACUGCAUUUGUGCAUAUGCAAUGUAGAUUUUAUAGUGUGUUGUGCUUUCAAGAUCUAAAUCAUAUAUAAUCAAUUAAGGGACAAUGGGGCUGACAGCACUAAACUUGGUGCUUAUUGAUAUUCUAAAAAAUAUCUGUGAAAUCUCAUCACGUAUGUCUUACACAAUCUUCAUUUAAAAACAUUUAAAACUAGUUGGAUUCACUUUGACAUUUUUCAUAUCAUUUAUUAACCCAAGUGACGAAAAUGUUGUCCCCAAUGAAUAUACUCAUUAGAAUUACCAUUCGUUAGUAUCACUCAUUAAUUAGCCCCAUAAUUAGAUCCAUUAAUUUAAAUAUGAUUUAAAUUUAAGUAAAUUUUAUAACGUCUGACAUCAGAGGUAUCUUACUUUUCUCUGAGGAUAACGUAUUUGCCCUGACCAUGAAUUUUCUUAUCACACAUAUCCUCAGAAAGGGCCAAAUUCCCAACCUGCUCAUUUUUUUUUUUUUUGACUCAUUAUGAAUAAGUCCUAGAAUGUUUCAUUUGGACAAGUAGGGCUGCCUCCAAGAAGAACCUCUGAUGUAUCAUUUCUUAUGAAAUAUAUGUGAAAGAAUAUGGAUCUGGAAGAUGCUGUAGACAUCUGCCCUACACUUGAGAUGAUUCCCAAGGCUCUCUGGCACUUUUGAGUUCGGUCUGUCUGGUAUGAAAUGCCAAGGACCUUUUGCUGCCUAAACCCACUCUGCAGGAAAUCAGCCCAACCACUAGAUGAGAAUUAGGCCCUGAAUGAGUAGCGCUCUAGUUACUGUCCUGUUGAUUGAUUUCUGCCAUUUCAUGUCCAUAAAAAAGACCACCAAUAUCAUGCACACAAUUAGAUUUCUCACACUCCAACUGUAUAUUUGUAUAAUAUUUUAAAAUCUCCUAAAUGCUGGGCAAUGGCUGUUAACAAUUAAUUGCCUUGCACUGGCCUGAUGAAAUGUUAACAAUGCCUACUGUAAUAUAGAAAAAAACAUUCUAUCUACUGAUUUGGGCUGAAUGUGUGUAAAUAGGUUUCUAAAAAGGCAGAUGUUUAAGCAGUGGCCUACAAAUCAGUAAUUUUCAGGUGGGAGAGUUUCUUUACAUUGCUGUGGCAUCUUAAAAGCUAUCUUCAUGUAAAUUGACUGUACUAAGCCUACUGGGGAUCAGAGUUCCCAAGAAAGGAAACCUUUUCUUUUAAUAAUACAAAUCAAGAUACCAGAUUAUCUGGAUUCUUAUUUCCAGUGUUUCAAGUGGAAAACAUGACUCUUUAUUGUCUGUAAAUCUAACAUUAUUACUUUUCCUCUUAGAAGAAUAUUGUAUUGUUAGAUGUUUGUUGAGCCAGUAACAUCGUUGCAACCGCUGCAAUAUCUUCGUUAGUAAUCUGUAUAAUACUUUGUAUACAAGUACUGGUAAGAUUGUUAUUAAAUGUAGCUUCAGUCAUUAAAUUACUAUAGCAAAGUAGUACUUCUGUAAUAUUUACAAUGUAUUAAGCCCACAGUAUAUUUUAUUUCAAUGAUGUAAUUAAACUGUUACUUAUUCAAAGAUAAAACAUCUCAUCAUGUCUAUUGUCCAAAGUUACCUGGAAUCAAAUAAAAAUUCUAGAUUGCCAUGAA